CGUGGAGGCAGGCGGGGCAGUUGGGGCCAGGUUGGGACCGGAAACUGGCUGUCCGGUACCGGGAGGCCUGGGCUCUCGCCGAAGAGCAUGGAGCUGAUGUGACCUGACCGGUGAACAACUGUGUGCUGGCCUCAGGAUACUAGUUAGACCUUCUGCUGAAUCUCAGGACAUAAGAAGCCUUUAUCCAUCUUAUCUGCACACAGGGACAUGUCUUCACCCAGAAAGGCUACAGCAGAACCCGGAAAAGGUCAGCAGGAAGGUGCCUCUACCACAGAAGACCUGAAUUCCUGGAUGCAUUUGCCCUCAUCCAGUCAGGAAACGGCACAUAGAUCAGUGACUAAUGAGGUUUUUGCAAAUCAAAUUAACUUAGAUAACGUACUAUUCUCUUUUUCGGAUUACAAACAUAGUGAUUUCGUGGAUCUUUUUCAAGAAUCUACAGAAAGUGAGAAUGAACAUGGUAUGUGGACAGCCGAUGACGACUACCUCAGAGACAAGUGGAUCAGCGAUGAUGAGCUUGCAGGGCCGUCGCACGCUGUACCCCCGACUGGGCAUGGUAUACAGAUUAUUUCUGAAAGGGACUUAGCUCAGUUGGCUCUGAUUCGGCCAUUAAAAUUCAGUUUUCACGAGCAAUCAGACAUCAAGAAUGAUUUUCAAAUACUUCAGAAAAGGAUAGAAGAACAAGAAAUCAUUCAGGAGUACAUGGCUUUGGACAAUAAGAAUAUGCAUUAUGAGUUCAACUGUGGGAAUGAACUAUGCAACAGAGACAAAAACAGAUAUCGAGACAUCCUUCCAUAUGAUUCAACACGUGUUCCUCUUGGAGAAAACAAGGACUACAUUAAUGCUAGUUAUAUUAGGAUAACCAAUUCUGGAGAAGAGUAUUUCUAUAUUGCUACCCAAGGGCCACUGCCAACUACCACAGAUGACUUUUGGCAAAUGAUUUUGGAAAAUAACUCUAAUGUUAUUGUCAUGAUAACCAGAGAGAUAGAAGCUGGAGUUCCCAAAUGCCAUCGCUACUGGCCCAUUUCUACGAAGAAGCCUUUGGAGCUGAAACACUGUCGCGUCUUCCUGGAGGACUACCAGAUACUUCCGUAUUUCACCAUUCGAAUAUUUCAAGUUGUGAGGAAGUCUACAAGAACUAGGCACUUUAUAAAACAGUUGCAGUUCACCAACUGGCCAGACCACGGCACUCCUGCGCCACCAGAGUGUUUCAUACAGUAUGUCCGCUAUGUGAGGAGCAGCCACCUGACAGGACCCAUCGUGGUUCACUGCAGCGCAGGCGUGGGCCGGACCGGGGUGUUCAUCUGUAUGGAUGUGGUGUUCUGCGCCAUUGAAAAGAACUUUGCAUUCAACAUCAAAGAUAUCGUGGCCCAAAUGAGAGCACAACGUUAUGGCAUGGUUCAAACAAAGGAGCAGUAUUGGUUUUGUUAUAAAAUUGUGCUUGAAGUUCUUCGGAAGCUUGCGACUUUGGAUUUAGAAAGACUGAAGUUGCAUCACACUUGACAUACCAGGUGGCCUGGAGCUUCCUCAGACAGAGCAUGACAGGUUGUGCUGAAGGAAGGGCUCUGCUGUGUGCACAGUGUGCUCUCUUGGUGUAUCAUUUGAUUUCCUUUCUGACAACUCCUGAAGGCAGCAUUCUUUGGUUUGGGGUGAAUAGUGUCUACCCACUGAUUUUACUUAGAUAAUAUCAAAAUACCCUCCCACAUUUUCCAAUGAAAUAAAAGUUUCUUAAAACAACUGCAGCCUAUUUGGUUGAAGGGAUUACAGAGCCCAAUAAAGGACUUAAACUAUAUUCAUUACGAUUUUAUCUGGAAAGAUAGCUAAAGGGAGCUGAGGAUUUCCCAGACCUUAGGAAGCCCUGAUUCUGGGAGGACCUAGAACCAGUAAACUGACUAAUUACAGGCAUUUUCAAGACAGAUAUUUAUCCAUGGUUAUUAGCUAGAAUCUAUACUAUUAGCUGGCAUUUGAAUAACUCAGUUCACUGAAGAUUCCUAUUAGGAUGGUUUAAUGUGUUAUGCAAAUUGGACUCCAUUUUUCUGUACCUCCAAGUCCCAUGGAGCCCCAGGGAGCUCAGAGGACCAGCUGCCCUUCUAGAACCACUAGACAAAGACCUGUUGGUGUGGGGAGCUUUUUGUGGGUGGGCAGACUUCCUUCCUCCACCACAUGAGCACACUGAGGAACAGUCCAAAACUAAAAUAGCUGUUUAUAGAGAAGGUCCAAGAGGAAACUUUUGCCUGGCUUGAGUUCUUUCCUAUCCCACCCUAACACUUAACAUAUUACUCAGUCUGCUUUGUUGAAAGCAAAUAUUACAUUCUACUUGGUUUUUAGUUUUUGCCCUUUAGCUAACUAAUAGACUUUGAUAUAAGCAUUAUUAUGUAAUUUUGAAUCUCUUAUGCCAGAUGUAUUUUUCAAACUAAGAUCUAGGAGAGUUAUUUUUUCUUCAGAGUUCUAUUAAAUCAUUUAUUUUUAUUCCCCCCCCCCCCCACCUCUGCUGUAACAUUUAGAAACUGGCUUUGGGAACCAAAUUUUGGAAAACCAAAUUCAUAAAAUGAAAACUUCCAUAUUCUGUUUUUGAAAAGAUUGUGGCCAUUAUUACAUUCAUCUUAUUAUAGGACUUUGCCUCAUACAAUUACAGUGAUAAUUUUAUCAAAGAAUUUUAGUGACCAGUUAGAUUUUAUCUUAAGCUAUAAAGCACUUGAAUAUACAUCUUUGUAAAGUGUAAUUCAGUAAAGAUCAGAAUAUUCUAUGUAUUAUAUUAAGAAAAUUUCUAAUAUUAAGCUGUAGAUCUUGAAUUUUUAAGAGGCUUAUAUUGUUCCCUUGGCUGAAUGAAUACUUGAAUUGGAUGAAUUAAAAUGAUCAUUCUCAUUUUAAAAAUAAUUAAUUAUAUGCCAGAAAUCUAUUUUCUACUAAGUCAAAUAGAUGAUUCUACCUAUUUACAUUGUUCAUAUAAAUAGUCUAUGCUAAACAUUAAUUUUGAUGAUUGGCCUUUAAUAUUUCUAUUCCUAAUCUAUCUCUCUGUUUUUAUAAAAUAAUAGACAACAAUAUUCCUGAGGAUUUCAUGCUAUCUAAAUGGAAAUAUUUACUAUGUAUUGUCUCUUGCAUUUUUAUUACUUGUGCCUUAUAAUAUUCUUGUAAAGAAAAACUCAAUUUUUGACUUUUUUUAAAAAAUAUAUUUUAUUGAUUUCUUACAGAGAGGAAGGGA